AUGGGAGAUCAACCACCAAAAUCAAUUGAAGAAUUGAUGAAACUACUUGCAAUGGGUCAAGAAUUAACACCAUCUCAACAAAAAGAAAUGAAAGAUUAUAGAUUUUGGAAAACUCAACCUGUACCGCAUUUAGAUGAAAAAAUAACUAAAGAGGGUCCAAUUGAUAAACUCAAGACACCAAAUGAUAUUCCAAAUGAACCAUUACCUUUAAUUAAAGAUUUUGAAUGGGUUACUUUAGAUAUUGGAAAUGAUUCAGAAUUAGAUGAAUUAUAUAAAUUAUUAUAUGAUAAUUAUGUUGAAGAUACUGAUGCUACGUUUAGAUUUAAAUAUAGUCAUGAAUUUUUUAAAUGGGCUUUGAAACCACCUGGUUGGAAAAAAGAAUGGCAUUGUGGUGUUAGAGUUAAAGAAACUGGUAAAUUGGUUGCUUUCAUUGCUGCUACUCCAGUCACAAUUAAAUUAAACAAAUCUGGUACAACUUUAACUUCAGUUGAAAUUAAUUUUCUUUGUAUUCAUAAAAAAUUAAGAAAUAAAAGAUUAGCUCCUGUUUUAAUUAAAGAAAUCACAAGAAGAGUUAAUAAAAAUGAUAUAUGGCAAGCUUUAUAUACGGGAGGAUCAAUUUUACCUACUCCUUUAGCUACUUGUAGAUAUCAACAUCGUCCAAUAAAUUGGUCAAAAUUACAUGAUGUUGGCUUUAGUCAUUUACCUCCAAAUCAAACAAAAUCAUCAAUGGUUGCAAAUUAUGCAUUAUCAAAUCAAACAAAAUUGAAACCAAGAUUAAUGGAAGAACACGAUGUUGAACAAGUUUUACAGUUAUUACAUAAAUAUCAAGAAAAAUUUGAUAUUGUACAACUUUUUAAACCUGAAGAAUUUAAACAUUGGAUGUUAGGAAAUGGGAAUAGUAAUGUUAUAAAAGCAUAUGUUGUUGAAAAUGAAAAAGGAGACAUCACAGACUUCUUUUCUUAUUAUUUGUUACCAUUCACUGUAUUAGAAAAUACUCAUCAUGAUGAAUUGGGAAUCGCUUAUUUAUUUUAUUAUGCUACUGAUUCAAAAGAGAUUAAAUCAAGAUUAACUGAUUUAAUUAAUGAUGCAUUAAUUACUGCAAAACAAUUUAGUGUUGAUGUUUUUAAUUGUUUAACAAGUCAAGAUAAUUCGUUCUUUCUUAAAAAUUGUAAAUUUGGAAGUGGUGAUGGUUAUUUAAAUUAUUAUUUAUUUAAUUAUAAAUUGUUCCCUAUUAACGGUGGUAUUGAUGAAGAUAAACAAGUUAAAGAAGAUGAAACAAGUGGUGUUGGUGUUGUUCUUUUGUAA